AUGAAUAGAAAUAAUGAUACAACUAUUUUAUUUCAAAGAAUAAUAAGAAAUAAGAUUCUUUUAAAUAAUAUAUGUGAUCAUAUCCCAUCAAUCAGUUUAUAUCAUGCAACUUGUACAUCAAUCAUUUAUAAAUUUAAACAAGUCAAGUCACUUUGUUGGAUCAUUAGAAAUAACUAUAUAUCAUCGUUGAUCUAUUUCUCAAAGUAUUUACCUAUAAAAAAUAUAACAGUAGAUGAUGCGUUGUUUAUUGCGAGUAAAGUUGUGAAUUUAGAUCAGUUGAAAUCGAUAAUGAAAGAAUUGGAUAUCACUUCUCUAUUUACAGAAUCACGUGAUAUACUGCCGUAUCAUGCCAGAUUUGGAUGUGAAUGGUUUAAGAGUAUUGCCAACUCCUCUCAACAAGCAAACCUGCCAAAUCUAAGUGAUAAACAAAAGAAUCAAGCAAUAAACUAUGCAUUUCAAUCUGGUGAUGAAGAUCUGUUGGAAUACCUAUUGAUAGACUGGCCAUUGGUUCACAGAUAUUUCAAAAGACAAUAUCUCUCCUCUUGUUAG